AUGGCGACUCCCUCAGCUCCCUCCUCUUCUCUUCCUCCUCUCUCUUCAACAGAGCAUCAACCACCACUGCCACCCCAGCAGUCGUCGUCCUCUUCCUCCGCUCUUUCUCCUCCUUCUUCCAUUCUCGUCAUCGGCUCUGGCGUUUUUGGCUUGACCACUGCCUACGCCCUCUCUCGUCGUCAUGACUUCGCCAACACCACCAUCACCGUCGUAGACAGGGCCGACCCGUCUAACCCAGACGUCUUCCCCGCUCCCGACGCUGCCAGUGUCGACACCAGCCGCAUCAUCAGAGCUGAUUACCCCGAUGCUGCCUACGCUGCCCUAGCCGCCGAAGCCCAGCUUCAAUGGCGCCAACAAACCCACCCCGAUGACCUUGGGUCAGAAGGACGCUAUUCCGAGAGUGGCCUCCUCCUUGUCGCCGACGGACCAGCUCCUUCAUUGGGAACUCCCGUGGUGACUGGCACCACUGUCAUCGACAAGUCCAAGCUCACGGGAAUGGACUAUGCCCGCUUCAGCUGGGCCAACGUCCUCUCAAUCGCUUCCAGCGACCCUGAACUUGCCGCCAGGAUCAAAGAGUGCCCCAACACCGAGGCCAUCAAGGCAGCCUUGGGCACCGGCGGUUCCUCCGGCUCCUGGGGCUACAUCAACGGUCUAUCCGGGUGGGCCAACGCUGGCGCCUCCAUAGCCUGGCUCUACAAGCGCGUCAGGGCCGAGGGCCGCAUCAACUUCGUCGCCGGCGAGGUGACCAACCUGGAAGUCUCCGGCAACACCGUCACCGGCGCCCGGCUUUCAGACGGCCGCGUCCUCUCCGCCGACCUCGUCAUGGUCUCCGCUGGCGCAUGGACCGGUCGUCUCGUUGACCUGACAGGACAAGCCAUCGCUACCGGCCAAGUGCUCGGUUACAUCGACCUCACGCCCGAGGAAGAGGCUCAGCUGGCCCACAUGCCCGUCAUUCUCAACCUCUCCUCAGGCCUCUUUGUCAUCCCGCCCAAGAACGGCGUCCUCAAGAUCGCUCGACAUGCCUACGGGUACUUGAACCCCACGACCUUGUUCACACCUCCUCUCGGCUCCUCCGUUACUGCCUCGGCAGCGGCCAUCUCCCUUCCUUUGACGACUCUCUCCGAUCCUAUACUCCAGAUUCCCACUGAAGGCGCCGAUGACCUCCGCCGCGCUCUUCAUGAGAUGGUUCCCCUUCCCUCGCUUCGCGACAGACCCUUCAGUAAGACUCGCAUCUGCUGGUACUCCGAUACUCCGACGGCGGACUUCAUCAUCGACUACCACCCCGAAUACAAGGGCCUGUUCGUGGCCACUGGCGACAGCGGACAUGCGUUCAAGUUCAUGCCAGUCAUAGGUGAGAAGAUUGCCGAUGUCAUUGCUGGUCAGUGUCCACCCGAGUUCGUGGGCAAGUGGAACUGGAGGUAUCCCGCUGGCGAUGCUGCCAUCAAGGCCGUGAUUACGGAGGAUGGUAGCCGUGGCGGUAUACCUGGGUUGAUCUUGUCUACGGAGUUGGGGAGGGCUGUAAACUAA